ACCACAAGUGACCACAAAGAAGAAAACACGUUAAACUUGACGUGGACUAAAGUAUCUGGUUCAUUUUACUUAAAUAUUAAUAAAGAUUUUACAUGCUCUGUCUUCUGAAGUGAGAAAAGAUUUGUGUUAUUUAAACUCAUAAAUGUUAAUUUCUUAAAAGAUAAUGUUAAAUAAUCUCAAAAUGUAUGGAGCGUUAUGCAUGGUAUUGUUACCAUUACUUUUAAGUCAUAACACAGAGGCGGCUGCGGUCAUAUCUAUAGAUUUUGGAUCAGAAUGGAUGAAGAUUGGUAUCGUGUCUCCUGGUGUUCCGAUGGAAAUUGUAUUGAAUAAAGAGUCUAAGAGGAAGACACCGGCUGUUGUUGCAUUUAGAGAUGAUGUGCGAACGUUUGGGGAAGACGCCGUAACUGUUGGAGUACGAUUCCCCAAAAACUCGUAUAAAUAUUUACUGGACCUCCUUGGGAAGCCGUUUGACCAUCCUUUAGUGCAAGCUUAUAAGCAACGCUACCCAUACUAUAAUAUAGUUGCCACAGAACGUGGCACACCAGAGUUUAUUCAUGAUGAAAACACUAGGUUCACACCAGAGGAACUGGUGGCACAGCUUCUCGCUAAAGCUAAGGAGUUUGCUGAAGUUAGUCAUGGUCAGCAGAUAAGUGAGUGUGUGAUCACAGUCCCUGGUUAUUUCAACCAAGUGGAGCGUCGUGCGAUGAUGGAAGCUGCAUCCUUAGCUGGAUUGAAUGUACUGCAACUGAUCAAUGAUUAUACUGCCAUAGCUAUCAACUAUGGAAUAUUCAGAAGAAAAGAAAUUAACGAGACAGCAUGGCACACAUUGUUCUUUGACAUGGGUGCGGCUUCAACAAAAGCUGCUUUAGUUGAAUACAAGACUGUGAAAACAAAAGAGAGAGGAUAUGUAGAAACUAUUCCACAGCUGCAGGUCUUGGGUGUAGGUUUUGAUAGGACAUUGGGCGGUCACGAAAUCACGUUGCGUCUUCGCGAGCAUCUCAUCAAGGCGUGGGAGGCCAACGGUGGCGGUGACGUGAGAUCUUCUCCACGUGCCAUGGAGAAACUGCUCAGGGAAGCUGAGCGCCUUAAAAUCGUGUUGUCAGCGAAUACGGAACAUUACGCUCAGAUUGAAAGUCUGUUGGAUGAUAAGGACUUCAAACAUUUGGUGAGCCGCAGCGAGCUGGAGGAGGCGUGCGCGGACGUGUGGCAGCGCGUGGCGGGCGUGGUGCGGCGCGCCGUGUCGGCGGCGGGCGGCGCGGGCGCGGGCGCGCGGCUGGUGCUGGCGGGCGGCGCGGCGCGCGCGCCGGCCGUGCGCGCCGCGCUGCUCGCCGCCGCCGGCCACGAGCCCGCGCGCUCCAUCAACGCCGACGAGGCCGCCACCAUGGGCGCCGUCUACAGGGCUGCGUCUCUGGCGACUGGCUACAAGGUGGCUCCAUUGAACGUACGUGACGCUGUGGUGCUUCCGGUACAAGUCGUAUUUAAUAGGAGUGUUGAUGGAAACGAGAAACUGAUUAAGAGAACAUUGUUUGGCCCUAUGAAUCCUUACCCACAAAAGAAGGUAAUCACUUUCAACAAACAUACAAAUGACUUUAGUUUCAACGUGAAUUAUGCUGAAUUGGACUACAUACCUUCAACUGAACUCUCUUACAUUGGCUCUCUAAAUUUAAGUCAAGUCGUAUUAUCUGGAGUUGGUGCUGCUCUAUCUAAACAUACUGGUGAAAAUGUUGAACAUAAAGGCAUUAAGGCCCACUUCAAUAUGGAUGACUCUGGUAUACUGAACUUGGUGAAUGUCGAAUUUGUCGCUGAGAAAACUGUUACAGGUGAUGAUGAAGACAAAGAUAGCACCCUGUCUAAAAUAGGAAGCACGAUUAGUAAGCUGUUUAGUUCCGAUUCAGAAACACCCGAGAACCAAGAGAAGGCUGAAGAAAAACCAGAGGAAGCACCUCAAGAAGCCGAAAAGAAUGAAACUACUAAGGCUAAUGAAACAACAGCAGAGAAACAAAAUGCGACUGAAACUGAAAAACCGAAACCCAAAAUAGUAGUUUUGAAAGAACCCGUACAAGCCGACGAACAAAUUUUGAAUUUACAGCCUCUAACAACGGAACAAUUAAAGGCGUCUAAAUCAAAAAUCAAUGAGUUGAACACAAUAGAUAGGAAACGAACAGAGAGAGAAACUGCGCUUAAUAAUUUAGAGGCGUUUGUUGUUGAUGCUCAGAUGAAAAUGGACAUGGAGGAAUAUUCUGAGUGUGGCAAACCAGAAGAAAUUGAAGAGAUAAGAAAAUUAUGUGGUGAGGUGUCUGAAUGGUUAUAUGAUGAUGGUUACGAAGCGUCUACUGAAAAGUUCGAGGAAAAAUUGGCUUUACUCAAAGACAAGACAAAUUCUAUAUUCUACAAACAUUGGGAGCACAGAGAGAGACCCGAUGCUAUAGCUGCUAUUAGAAACAUGUUAAAUAACUCUCAAGAAUUCCUUAAAAUGGCAAAGAACUAUACUAAAGAAGUUAAUUCUGAAAAGGAUAUAUUUACUGAUGUAGAAAUAGAAGUUUUGGAAACUAAAAUUGUAGAGACAGAAACAUGGCUCAACAAAUCAAUUGAUGAGCAAGAAGCUGCAAAGAAGAAUGAGGACAUUAAACUAACAGUUGAAAGUAUUAGAGAGAAGAUGAAGAAUUUGGAUAGAGAAGUGAAAUAUCUCAUUAAUAAGAUGAAAAUAUGGCGUCCUAAAAAGCCAGUUAAAAAGGAAUCGGAUAAUAAAACUGAGACUGUUGUUGAGACUGAUGAAAAGCCCGCUAAACCGGGGAACCAAGAGGAGCCUUCGGAGAAAGUUCCAGAAACCGAACAAGUAGAAGAAAAUGUAAAAGAUACCGAUGAAGAAACAACGGAGACGACGCCGCCGCCGCAGUUAGCCGAUGGUAACGAUGAACAUUCCGAAUUAUAAUAGUUACGAGCGUACUAGUGAGUUGAUUUAAUUUAUUAGUCUAAUUUAUUUUUUACUUUAAAACAAUGGAUUGUUUGUCUUUUUGCGCUGAUAGCGGCAACGACCCACGUUUUAUUUUAACAAAAACAAACUGAACUCGACUUAAUGUUGUUUUGUUUAAUUCGGCUAUUAUUUAGUGCGAUAUUUUGACACGUUUCGCUUUAAAUGAAGCUUCCACCAUCAUACCAUAUCGUAAUAACUCAGUAUUGUUCCAUUGCGGAGGAUGGUAGUAUCAAACGUCGAGGGCCACUUUAAGAUUUUCAGAACAAUUAAGCAAAUUUUUGCUUUAUUUUAUUAUCAAAUACAUAUAAUAUAUUCGUAGGAUAUAUAUUGGUAUUUAUUAAAUUCUGGUGCUGAUUUUUUAUGCUGAUUGUAACGAGUCUCCCUAUAAGAAGAGAGUCUUAUUAUUGCCAUGAUAGCAUCUUGUCUUUGCUUGGAGUUAUCAUUCUCUUAUGUGUACACAAGAUGAAUACAAAUUGGUAUGAAACGAAAUAAUUGAAUAACGGCGAAAUUAAACAAAUUAACAUUGAUUAUAUUAUGUAAACAGUCAAUUGUCUUACAUACAAAGGUAUAGCAGGAUAGCAGUGAUUGCAAGCUAUCCAAGCUUCUUUAUUCGUAAUCUUUAUGAAAAAACGGACUUCCGCGAAGUAACUCACUGACCCAAUUUUUACUUGUAGAAGUAAAGUUUUCCAUAUACAGGGUUUUAGGAAUCACUAGAAUCCUCUGAUGCAGAGAUUUUUUCAGGUGAUUUUUGUAUGAUAAAGCAUAGGAGACAGAAUGUUAAUAUAGAAACCUGUGUUAGAAAAUUUAUAAGUUUUCUUUUAUAAGACAACUAUCAACUUUUCGAUCUAGCUAUAGAGAAUCGUUACUCUGACGACAAAAAUUGAGUUCACUCUUUUUCCGGCCGCACACGUAACAAAAAAAGAACAUUCCCAGUAUUUUCCAUUAUUUUUAUAUUUUUUUAAAAAAGUUUAAUAAUAUGGUAUUACGUAUUGAAUCAUAACUUCAGAGGAUUGGAGUAUUUACCUUAAGGCCUGUAUACAAACAUUGUGUAAUUUUACUUUAAAAUGUGACUUAUUUAUUAAGUAGGCAUUUAUUGAAUUUUAAAAAGUGAAAUCUCAGAGCAGUAAAAAGUAUAGAUGGAUCUAUGGCACAGAAUAUAGGAAAACUAUGAUCACCCAAGUUAAUACAAAACUGUUACAAAGUUAUGCAUUGCUACACGUUUCAAACAAUUUACUUAAUGCAGAAGGUGUUGCUGGAAAUAUUUUUUAAAAUAUCCUCAAAUUUACAAACAUCAUUAAUUCAAAAUAUUUAUAUCAUCUAAAUAUGAACUCUUCUAAUGUAGAAAAAUUAUCUUAACGUAAUUAAAUAUCCUGAACUUACUCAUUUACUUACGACUUAUUUAUUUGUGCGUCAGUUAACAAAAUAUAAAAAAAAAAAAUGGCAACACUUCCUAGCUCUAACAAAAAAAUAUUUAUUAUGUUUGAGUAAAUAUUGCUACUUAAAAAAUAUUUAUAACUGCAGUCAAUAAACGUUCAUAGAUUCUUCUAUUUCAGUAAUUUCAUUUUCGUAUUAGGAAUGAGCUAUCUUUUUAUAUUUUUUAAUUGACCUGAUCAAUAAAAUAGUGCAAGAAGCGAACACGCAAACUUAAAUCUCAAAACUGCGGCCGCCUUUCCCUAAAUCCAUCAACAAAUUUACACUGUGUAACGUUUUGUUUGCCUGUUUACUUAUUGUAUUGUUCGAAAUACAAGUCGUCUCUCAUUAUACAUGGAUUUAGCAUUGGCCCCAUAAAAUGGUAAAUGGAUGUGAGAGUUAUAUUUAUUAUUGUUAACUAUUUAUGUGAUAUACAAGAUGGCUAUAAGUUUGUCGUCGUUUGUUCGUUCGUAUUGCGCUGCUCGUGCUACAGAUUUGCAUACGAAGGUCAUGGCAUGUUUAGUUUAUACAUUAAUUUAAAAAUCAUCAUCAUUGCUUUGCCUUAUCCCUUUAUUUAUAUCAAUACUUUUAUACAUUCAUUUUUAAAAUUGAUAUCAAGUUAUAACGAAAAUGUACACAGAUGGACUUGUCCUUUGAAGGGAAUCUUUCCCUUAUUUAGGCUCGUCGUAGUCUAGGUGCCAUUUGAAUAAAUGAUAAAAUAUAUAGCAUUUAUUGUAAUUUUCUUAUAUUUCGUGGAUAUUUUUUUACAUUUAUGAGAAAAUAAUACAAACGAAUUAGGUAUUAUGCAGUAACUGGAAAUAUUUUCUUGCAAUGUUAUUUUAGGAUAACAUUUAGGUAUAUGUAGGGAACGUAUAAAUCUGUCCAAUUACUUUAUGACAAAGGCAGAUCGACUGCGUGUUAUUUAUCGCGUAGUUACUAAUUAAUAAACAGACAUAUUUAUUAGUUGUUUGUUACAUAUGUAUUGAUAUUGACUGGAAAAUAACACUUUACAGUCAAGUGUCUUUUUGUGCAAUAAAAUUAAAGUAAUUUAAAUAUGGCUAGGAACUUUUCGACGGCUUACGAAAAUGUUUUUAAAUGUUAUAAAUUUAAUUGUAUGUAUCAAACUUAUUAAUAAAAAUGUAAGCAUUGUCUCAUGAUUUAUGUUGAUAUUAAAAGUGAAUGUACAAAAUUAUAAAUAAAUAAAAAUAUUUUUUUUAGUUAUUAUGAUUUAAUUAUUGAAUGUCACAAUUUAAUAUGUCCAUUACUAUCACUUUAUAAAGUUCACGAUUUCUCAUUAAUGUAUACACUAUGUACAUUGUUUCUUAAAUUAGGUCUUCUGUUAAUUAUAAUUACGUAUGACAUCUGUAGCACAGCAGUUAAUUAUAAUGUGGUAAGUGAGAUUUGUUUAUACCCAGUCGCAAAUCAAAAUGAAUUAUACAAUGAUACAAAUA